UCUAACAGCGGUGGCACAGUCGGGCAUUUCUCGCAAGGAAGGAUGGAAAAUGAUUCGAAGAAAGACGUAACAGCCAUCGGUAAACCCAGGAUCGUCAAGGUUGAUCUCUACGAAGAACCACACGAAGCUACGGGUGAAGGCUUCUGCAAGGCACCACGGCUGAGCUUCGUGGAGUGCAGUUGUCCAGAUGCAAGCGCACUCGGAAGGCAGAAGAAAAGUGGAGAAGCGGCAGGCAUAGAUAAGUGCUGGUGGGUCGUCGUGCUUGCCUUCCUGAUGACGACCAUGGAGUCCGCAACCAGCCGAUGUUCUGGGUUUCUCUACGUGGGAAUCAUAGAACAGAUGAACGUUGAUCGUGGCCUGGCCUCAUGGCCGGUAAACCUGGUCACCUCCGUGAACGACUUCGGGGGCUUAGUGUCUGGCCCCUUGAGUGAACAUUUUAGCACAGUUCCGGUGAUGGCCGUUGGAUCUGUGUUGGCGUCAGCCGGCGUUAUUGCUUCAGCUUACGCGCCGGACGUCACAUGGAUCUCCGUUAGUCUUGGCAUUGUGCAUGGCUUCGGCGUAGGAGUCGUUGCGACCAUGCUGCAAGUCAUUAUAAGUAUGUAUUUCAAGCGGUAUCGAGGCACCGCCCACGGCAUCAUGUUUGCCGGUUCCACAGCGGGCGCCUUCUUCUACCCUCAGCUACUGCUCUUUCUACGGAACACGUACGGCUUCCGUGGGAGCCUGCUGAUUUUUGGUGCCAUCCUUAUGCACAUGUUCGCCUUAAGCCUCGCGCUUCAUGAACCCACUUGGGUAUCCACCGAGAGGCUUGAAAAGAGGCGCCCAACAGUAGCAAGUCUACCGGCAUUCCCAACUAAUAAACUGGCAACCCGACGCCCGUCGAAGCUACGUCGAGCAUCAUGUCCGGCCUUUACAAUGGAGCCUUGGCUUUCCAAUAAACCAGACCAAUCAUCGUUUUUGGGCGGUGAAGUUGGAGAACAACGUCCGGCACAAGUAACCAGACCGUCGCUUCUCACUGCUCAAUGUGAAGGAGACAUCACGACAGGGGUGGUGUCAACCUCUCAGGCUGUGCUGCAUAGUGUCCGCGAAGUGCUCAGGCAGAGCAUGUUUUACGCGCUCUUGGUGACCUGGCUGGUACUCAGUUACAACGUUGAUAUCUUCUUCUCCACAAUAGUCGACCUUGCUUUGGACAAAGGUGUGAGCAUGCGUGAUGCUGUGGCCCUCAUACCCUACUACUCAAUCACGGACCUUGUGGGCAGGGUCUUCUUACCACUGCUGGCCGAUCGAAAGUACGUGCGCCGUACAAACCUUAUGGUGAUAAACUACCUCUUUUUGGGAGCGACUGUAGUGUCGCUGCCUUUCACCAACAGUUACGGAGCAUUGGUUGGCGCGUCGUUGUGCAUCGCCAUGUUCAUGGGGUGCGGAAUGACAAUGCACAGCGUCCUGAUGGCGGACUAUUUGGGCCUUGAGCGGCUGGCCGUGGGGUACAGCAUUAUGGGCGCCAUCUGUGGACCACUGCUCAUGGGGAAGCCUCCGCUCGUAGGUUUCUUCAGAGACAAUCUUGGCUCGUACAAUGCAAUGUUCUGGCUUCUGGGAAGCCUGUGUAUCUUUAUCGGCUUGCUUUGGAUGAUGGUGUCAUGGUUUGAAAGGAAGAAAGUUCGCAAUUGGGAACUUGACAUCGCAAGAAACAUGCCGUGCACAUUGCAUAUGUGAAG